CUGGUUGGGAGACCGGUACAGUGGAUCUGUGAACAUAUAAAGGUGCAUGUUUCUAAGAUCAUCUACACAGUAGACAGCUGUUGCCUGUUGAAGCAAUCGGAAUGGCUUUCAAAUCUACAAAAAACUCCACAGGAAAUCAAGUCACAUUUUUUCAGGAGGAUGAAGUCUGUAAGCACGGUGACUUUAUCAAAUCCCCACCGCCUCAGCUUUUCACUACACAGAGUUCUUGGAAAAAGCGAGGUUUCAUCUUGUGCAAGUCUAGCGAGAGAUGCUACACCCUGAAGUACCUUAAAGGCCAACAGAUAAAGGGUUUCAUUGCAAUUGACCAGAUUUCAAAUAUUGAGAUUGGCAUAAGUAAUUAUGAGAAGAUGACAGCAGUAAGGAAGAUGUUCAAAUGCCACCCUGAGGAAGUGCUAUCCAUCAACACAGAGAGCAGGGAUUACUACCUCAUUGCGAAGGACAGGGAACAAGUUGAGGACUGGUUCACUUCCCUAUCUUCAGCCCACAUGGAGGCAAAAGACGAUGGAUGCUCUGCUCAGAACCAGAAUCCUUCAGCUCAGAGAAGCAAAGGUCGGUCCCUCUCUUCGCCACCAGCCUUCGAUGAAACAGUUUUGAGCACCCACGAGGAGAUUCCGAGUGACUGCGGUGAAGUGGAAGAUCCUGCAGACGACAAGAAAAGGCCUCACUCAGAUCCUGGCUCUCGUGGUCUCCCUAAACAGCGGCCUCGCCACAGUUUACCAGCACCUCUUCUUCCAAGCCUGAAUAACAAUUCUGAAAAGACCAACAUAAGUCAGCUGCUGUUGGACUCAGAUGAGAACACCGGAGAGGAAGGGGAAGACUAUUAUGCUUCUCCAAGCAGUAUUCUAGCACAGCUGGACAGUGAGCUAUCAACGUCUGAUCCCCCAGUUCAAUCACACAACCCAGUGGAGAAUGAGGAUCCUCUCAGCAGGAAGUUGUACGUGUCGAUGAAACCUCUGUUGCCUGAAGAGAAACCCCAGCCCACAUGCAGAAGUGAUGAAUUCCUGACCCUUCCCAGAAGUCAAGAAAAUAGCAUAGAUUUAAGAAACUGCGAGGCAGAUGGAAACCAACAACAGCUCACGCAAAGCAGUACUAAUAAGCAGCUAACCCAGGAGAGAAAGCCAAAUGUAUCGUCACUAUCAGUGGUUCAGUUAUCUAUAAUAAUCAAUAAAGUCACAGAUGACAGCCAACUACAAGAGGUGGAUAUUUGCAUCCCUCAUGCUGAUGUCACCAGUAAUCUAACGCUUAUUGAAGCAGCAGGACAAAUAUGGGGAACAAGGGCAGAGAAAGGCUACUAGGAGGAUCAGAGGAAUGGAAAACCUACCUUACAAGAGGAUACUCAAGGAGCGUGGCUUGUUUAGCCUAACCAAAAGAAGGCUGAGGGGAGAUAUGAUCGCUCUCUAUAAAUACAUCAGAGGGAUAAAUACCAGAGAGGGAGUGGAGUUAUUUAAGUUAAGUGCCAAAGCUAACACAAGAACAAAUGGAUAUAAACUGGCCAUCAACAAGUGUAGGCUUGAAAUUAGAUGAAGGUUUCUAACCAUCAAAGGAAUGAUGUUCUGGAACAGACUUCCAAGGAGAGCAGAUUAGGCAAAAAAAAAUUGAUUUGUUUCAAGACUGAGGAGAUAGUAUGAUGAGAUUGCCUACAAUGGCAUGUGGCCCAUCUGCAACUGCUAGCAGCAAAAAUCCCCAAUGUCUGAAGAUGAGGCAGACUCUGACUUACUACAGAGAAUUUUUUCCCCAGGUAUCUGGCUUGUGGAUCUUGCCCAUGUGUUCAGGGUCUAACUCAUUGCCAUAUUUUGGGCCAGGAAGGAAUUUUCCCCUGAAUCAGAUUGGCAGAGACCCUGGAGGGUUUUCACCUUCCUCUGUAGGUCACUUGCUGGUUUAAACUAGAGUAAAUGGUGGAUUCUCUGUAACCUGAAGUAUUUAAACCAUGAUUUGAGGACUUCAGUAACUCAGCCAGAGGUUACAGGUCUGUUACAGGAGGGGGGUAGGUGAGAUUCUGUAGCCUGUGAUGUGCAGGAGGUCAGACUAGUUUAUCACCAUGGUCCGUUCGGUCCUUAAAAUCUAUGAGUCCAUAUGGCCAGAGGGAGUGUGUCUUUUAAAUUGGUUAAAUACCAAUAAAUAAAACUUUUCUACCAAAAAUCUCCCAGCAUUUUGUACAGUUGGACACAUUAUCAUCUACAUAUUAUGGAUGGGGAAGCUGCAACCCAGGAAAAUUCAGUGGCAUGCACAAAGUGUCCGAUUCUGACCCCAGGCUACCACUAAUCAAGAGGCGGUUUUGUGCAAAGAUGUGAUAAUCUUUGUGUGUGUGGGGGGGGGGGGGGGGGGGGAAGUGUGCUUUGAUUGUUCAAAGCAUCAAAAAGAUUAUGGGCUCGUAUUUGGAGCAAGGACCUAGGAGGCAGGACUCUUGGAUUCUACUCCCAGAUGAAUCGCUUGUUUGCUCCGGGUCUUAAAGCAAAUCACUUCAGCUCUCUGCACCGCAGGUUAAUAUUACUAUGCACAGAUGAGCAAACUAUCUCACAUGGCUGUGGUGUGAUUUAAAUAAGAAGCGUCGGCAGACAGCUUCGGGUUAAAUGCAGACUGUAAGUGCAAAGUGCUACUGAGUUGUUUCAGACAGGCUGACCUGAGUGGGAGUCCCAGCAUAGACCUGCUGGCCGCCAGGGAUUUGCUAACCAUUUUCAGCACUGGGAAUAGUCCAUCCAGCAGCCAGACAUUGUCACUCUUGGAUGCUGGGGGCUGGAGGGUAUCAGUUCUCCCAGCAGCGGUGCAGUGUAAGUAGGUAGUGUGGAAGUCAGUCCUCUCCCUAGAUCUUCAGUAUCAAUAAAGUAGGAGAAAGGAAAGAGGAGAGGGGUAAAGGACAGACUGCGUGGAAGAUUAAUUCAGUGUCUCAUCCUGGCCCCCUGCUGUGCCGCCUCUUGCUCUUUCACUUCUGCUCAGCGGUAGGACUGGCUCUCGCCGCGGCUUUGAUGUACCACACUUAUCAGCGGCACUGCGGGUCUGGAGGAAAUAGCUUUUUCAGCCCCUAUCAGCGAGAGCAGGAAACACCACAAAAGAAUCUGAGAUGGGGCCCAGCUGCAAAACUUGGAUCUGGGGCUAACCACCCAGGGCAACCCUAGUGGGAAUUCGUACUGAAAGGAUUUGGCUGGUUUCAGCUGGCAACAGUUUUGGAAUAGAGCAUCAGAUCGAGGGGUCAGUGGGCUCCCAGGCUGCUAAUCCGCCAGGAGAAGCCAGGAGAGAUCAGCAGCAAAGAGAGGCCAGCUGAAGGAUUCUAAGGGAGUCUACUGAAAUUGUCACUGGGGUAGUUGGAGGCAGAGUUUUGAUGCAUCCCUUUACAGGGGCAGCCACAAAGCUCUGAUCCUGCUGUUCAGAUGUCCAAGUUUUAGUUCAGUCUGGACUGCAAAUUUGGCCUGGAAAGAGUCACUCAGGUAAAUGAAGGGCUAACUUCUCUGCAUCAGAGGCAGUGUAGUUACAUCAGCAGAGUGUUUGUCCCCACACUAAUAAAUUUGUUAGUCUCUAAGGUGCCACAAGUACUCCUGUUCUUCUUUUUGUCCCCACACUGUACAGAACCAAACAGGGUAAAUCCCCUCACUGCCUGGUGACCCUCCCCAACCCAGACCUGUUAGAUUAAGGGAUGACAAUGCUGCAUGACCUGUAAUCAGAUCCCUUUGGACGUACUGGUUGGAAUGGAUGAAGCAGUUUGUUUAAAACCAAAAAUCAGACCAAAAAGCAAUUAUCCCUUUUAAUCCGUCUACCGCUUCCUAUUUUGUGCAGGGCCGGGCAGCACAGCUGGAGUGAAACAGACCUGUCAUUUGUGUUUGGACAGUGGGCCCAAACAAUCCCAUUCAUGCUCUUUGUCUCUUCUUCCGCCUCUCUAGCGUCUCGCAUUGGAAGGGUCCCUGCCGCUUAGGCUGUAUAUUUCACCAUGGGGAUCACAUAGUGGCUGUGAAUGACUUGCGCACACAA